GCAGCUGGAACCACCUCCCGAGGCCUGGGAGCCCCUCUCCCAACAAAACCAGGCCUACCGAAUCUGUAACUCAAGCAACUGAUAUUCCCUUCUGACAGUUGUUUGAGGAGUGCUGGGUGUGCACCGUGGAGUUGGCAUCUGAUGACCCCCAAAGGAUAAAACAAUCUACGAUCUUUCACAGGGGAGGAAAACCCCAAUCCUACCGUACCUUCUCUUUGAAUUAGAAAGAAGAAAACCUUACCACUUCAAGCAAGACGAGAAUUCAAACCCCACAUAAGAAGAAAAGAUUUUUGAAGAGUAGAAAGCAUUAUACCUGCAGUUUCUUAACAAAACCAAGGAGGAAUACUGCUGUUUUAAGAUAUAUGGAGCUGUGACAGAAGAUCCUCUGCCUUUCUGCUGAAGUUAUUUUACUCCAAGGACAAAACGGUUCUGUUUUCUUUACUUAAAUUUUCUUUUGCUGUCCACAGUGCUGCUUUCAUACUUGGAACUGAAGGGAAGUUUGCAAGCCACACUCGUUUAGAAAAUUGAACUUUGACAUUACGUUACUGCAGUGCUUUGGUUACCGGCAACAGUUCUUUCCCGUGGAUACUGACACACCUGCGGUGUUUGGCACAUCUGUCUUUCUCCCUUUGAGUACAUUGACGAGCAUUAGCCACCAAGAUGGAAGAAGUUUGGGUUGUGUAUCUGUGCCUGAUCUUGUUUGUCAUCGUGGUUUUUCUAAUGAAGCAUAACCCACACGUGGAGGAGGCCAAGAGAGAGAUGGAAAGCAAAAGCCCACCACCUUCCUCUUCCUUUUUUCCCAGUAACGUUGGCAAACAACUGGAGCACACCCAGGAGGAGCUGGAGCACUACCUGGAGAGGUUAACCCACGUCUUCUUUGACACGGAUGCCAGGAAAAGGGAGGGCCACCACGAUCAGAAGUCCCACCAUCACCAGCACAAAAGCGCCGAUACUACGUCUGAAGCUGUGGAGCACUCAGGAAAGGAAGCAGCUUACUCUCCACAUCUGGCCAGCCGUACAAGGGUUCAGGAGAGAACCACUCCUCCUGGAAGCACUGAGAAUAUUGUGGAAGAGAUUGAACAAGCGGUUCAGGAGACGGUAGACACAGACCUCUAUGUGAGGAGAAGACAGCACCCGACUGCUUCCAGGAGAUACCGUGGGGGUCACUGGCCUGAAACAGCCAGCCAGCCUGAGACCGACAGCAGUUAGAGCAGUUGCUGCUCCGGCUUCCAUGGCGUGUGGUGGCAGCUUGCAGAACUUAGCAGCAUUGCAGCCUUCCUGGAGGAGACCUGGAGUGAACCAAGGGGUUUGGUGGGGGGGGGGGGGGGAGGAUGGGGUCAGGGCAUCUUUAUGGCAUACCUGGGUGAGGGGAAGAGGAACACUCCACAUUGCAGUUCUACUGUAGGUAGGGCAAAGAGCUUUCCCUGUGCUGAGGCCAGGUCGGGUACAUUUGCUGUUUCUUGAGAAUUAACACUCCUUGUUUGUAAAGCUGCAGUGUUGAUCUAAUCAGAAAUUCACUGGCGGCAUCCCGCACAGCUGCUGGGGCUGGCAGGCACCGCUCUGCACCAAGAGAAACAAGCAAUGCCUAAAAACAGAAGGCGGAAUCUCAAGAAGCACCAAAUGAUUUGGCCUGGCCAGUUUCUUUUUGAGCGAGGCACUGCAGUAAGUGUACCUUACUGUUUCAGGUACCUUGCAGAAUGCAAAGCUAUUCCAUGAUCUGAGAACAUUGAUAGCUGGCAGCUGGCUGGCUUGACCCUGCUGGCUGAACUGAGAUGGGGUUUGCACACACACUGCUGACACGGGGGCUGGCAGUGCUUGGCUCCAUCGGGGGUUCCAGGCAGAAGCUGUUGCCUGCUGCUUCAGUUCAAUAUCUGCAAACUGAGAGAGGAGCUAGAGAGUGCUGGGGCUGGACACUGGAGGGUUCUCCCUCUCCAAAGCCCUUUCCCAUAUGGCAGCACUUGAAAGUCAGAGAAGUUGGAUGUGACCAGUGACACUGUGAGACAGUGACAGAGGCUCAGUGGGAAAGAAGAGCAAACAGAAGGUAGAAAUGCUUUGGGUGUUGAUCCACCAUCUGUAACCCGCUAAACCCCAUCCACCGGCUUUUCAGUCCCUUCUUUGCGAUGUAAAGGCUGCCCCGAAGGCCUUGCAGCUCUCCCUCAUCUGCUGUGGGUGCUGUGCAUCCUUGUGCCACAGUCCCUACCAAUUCAUUUCAUCUGCCAGGAAAAAAAAGAAAAAACACCUCUACAGACCUCUCAAUUCACAGCCAUUCCAGCCAGCAAUGAGGGGAGGAAAAAAGCUGAAGUGGAUACACAGUGAGGAUUUCCUCAGGAUUUCAUCUAGAAUGGAUGCAGAUGAGCAGCAUAAAGGUGCUGAAAAUAGCCUCCAAGCAGACAGUGGCCGCCAGGGUCACCCUGUGUGUGGUGCUGCCCUUCCACGCAGGAUCCUGGCGGCACACAAAGCCUGCAGCUCCUGUAGCUCUGCCCAACCCCCCCGCAGUCUUCCUAAGCCCCGACAUCUAAUCCUAAGGGUGGGGAGCGUGUCCUUGUUGGGGGCUGUGAACUCCUGCCUGAAUACUUCACCUUGCCCCUGGGAUGGGCACGUAACCCCUCACCCAAGCAGCAGAUGCCUGACAUCUCUCAGCCUACAAGGGACAGGCCAGCAGCAAUGAAAGCGCUUUGCUGGAAGCAGCACAGAGGUCUCCGGCUUCAGGAGGGCAGGGAGUGUUAGAUUUGCUUGCAGCAGUAGCCUUAGAGGCAGCACACGCAGCAGCCUGCACUGUAGAUGUAGCAGUGAAAUGGAAAGGUCCUGUGAAUGCAGGGAGGAGCUCAGAGAUGCCUCUGUUGCAGCAGCAGAGCAGUGCUGCUCCGCACACACACAGCUGGGCACGGCUCACCACAGCUGGGUGCUGGCACAGGCCGGGGAUGGCCCACAACCUCGCACCUCCCACGGCCAUCCAUGCAUUGGCAGCUGGGUACAGGCUGGGUACAGGCUGGGUACAGGCUGGGUACAGGCUGGCCUCACUUCAGGGUGCCUGGAAGUCUCCCCAAGGCAGCCUCCAGCAGCACAUGUCUGUGUGCACAGCAGAGUCAGCCCGUUCCUUGUAUGAACCACGAGCGAUCGGAGCAAUCCCAAUAAACACUGAGCUCUUAGUGCCUCCUGCCUGCUGUGAGCCUCGCCGCCCCUCUCUGGGCUUCACCUCCCCACCCCCCCUCCCCACUCACUCCACGUGCCUGGUGGCACCUGGGCCACCUCCACCCGGCCACACAGCAUUGUCUGGGCACAGUGCCUACGUGUCACCAGUGGGACGUGGUGCAGAACUGUCACCUCAGCCCCAUGCUGUCUCCAGGCACAUCCCUGCUACUCCCCCGGCCCGGCGGUGUGCACCCUGCAGCCAAGGGACAGCAGCUGAGCUCACUCCAGCACCAAAGGGCUCCGCUGGAAGGAAGGCUGCAGCCUGAGCUGCCCCCGGUGGGACCCCCCCCACUGAGAUGGUGGGGUAUGGACCCCCCCAAGGCAGUGAGAGCUCAAAGCUUUCCUCCUCAUGCUAUGGCCCAGGGCUGCUGGCCCACAUCCCUGCAAAGUGGACACAAAGAGAAUGUGGGCAUCAGCAACAGAGCCCGAGCACAUCGGCCAUGAGUGGGACGUGAGCAGGAGGCCCAACCUGGCCCUGCCCCACUGCCCUGGGCUCCCUGCCCCACACCGGUCCUAGCAGCGGGCUGGGACCACACAGGGGACACCAGGAGCCCUGGCUGUGCCACCUCGGGCCAGAAAGGGCUGAGUCGGGUCCCCCUGGGGAAGGGAUUUUCCCCUCCCAACAAUUCUACACCACCCUUUGUGGCUCAGGAGCCCCAUGAUUGCAUAAACACAAAGCUUCCAGAAAUCACAGGACUGCAGGAUCACAGAAUGGCAGGGGUUGGAAGGGACCUCAAGAGAUCAUCGAGCCCAACCGCCCUGCUAAAGCAGCGUCCCUACGGUAGGUCCAGCGCUCUGUCACCCUUACCAUACAGAAGUUCUUCCAUAUGUUAAUACAGAACUGCCUAUGCUCACAUUUUAGGCCGUUGCUCCUUGUCCUAUUGCUUCACACCACCGAGAAGAACCUCAUCCGUUUGCCUCAUGCCUCCCUGUAGAUAUUUAUAGACAUGAAUCAGAUCCCCUCUCAGUUUUCUUUUCCUCAGGCUGAACGGACCCAACUUACUCAGCCUCUCCUCAUCAGGGAGGUGCUCCAGGCCCCUCGUCAUCUUUGUGGUCCUGUCUUCAAUGGUGAAAAUGAGCAAGCCCUGUCAGGAAGAACACGGGCUCACAGGACAGUCAGUGGCAAUGCCCACAGGCCAGGGCAGCUCUGACACUGCAGAGCUCAGCUCAGUGCUCAUCCCUGCAUGGCAUGCCCCAGUGCCAGACACCAUCACUCCAAUGGCCGUGGGAUGCAGGACCCCGCUGCACUCACUCUGUAUGGGCUGCCCCGCACUGCCAGGAGCACUCCAGGCUCAGCCUCUUCCCGGAACAACUGUGGCCCUUCUGGCAGAGCUUCCCCCUCGUGCUGGAGCCCUGGUUUCAGUUACAAGAGGGAGGAAAACACCGAGAACAGCAGGCUGCUGAGUCACCAGCAGGAACUCACAUCUGGCUGGCAGCAGGAGCAGCGCUCCAACAGCAGGGAGCUCAGCUAGCCUAGGGCAGGCCGGCCUGCUCCCAGCAGCUCUGAGCCCCCCAUGCUCUGCAGGCUGACCCACACCCAACAGCUCCGAGAAACCCAUCUCAGCAGCAGGGCCAUACCAGUGGAGAGGAGCUGAGCUGGAAGAUCCUUGGUCAAACCAUCCCCUUCUCGGUCGGAUUUUUGUGGGACCGCUGCUUUGCUUUGUGAAGCAGCACCCCCUGGAGAAGUGCCUCUUGCAUUCGGAGGGUUCAUCCUGGUGCCCUGCAGUGGCCCAGCAGCAGUGUCCUUCUGUGCUGUGGUGGCUGUCAGGACAGUCCCCUUCUCCUCAAGGUCUGAGCAGAUCCCAGCUAUCACCAUGGGAGAUGUCUGGCUGGUUGGACUGAUGGGGCUCAUGUACAUCUGGUUUCCCAAAGUUGCUGCCCAGAGUCCCAUAAAAAACCCCAGGGACCAGCAAACAGAGCAUACCCUCUUGAUUAAUGAAAUCAACGCUGACACCCCAGGAGAGGACACUUCUGAGUUUGUGGAGCUCUAUCACACCAGUGGUCAAACAGCCCGUUUGGAUGGCUACUACCUGGUUUUCUACAACGGCAAUGGAAACCAAGCCUACAGGGUUCUGAACCUCCAGGGCAAGGCUACGAACAGCCAAGGCUUCUUUCUUGUUGGCUCCGCCUCUGUGAACCCAGCAAUAGUUAUUCCUAAGAACACUAUCCAGAACGGCCCUGACGCGAUCGCUGUGUAUUAUGGAAAAGGGAACUACAGGGAAGGCAUGAGCGUCACAGGUAAAGGCCUGGUGGAUGCCUUGGUCCAUAAGACGAAGAAGACGGACAGAGCAGAUACUCUGGUCAAGGUGCUGACCCCCGGCAGAGACGCUUUGCUGGAGGACUCCACCUUCAGGUCUACAGAUGAGUCGAUCGAGAGGUGCCGUGGGGCAGACGCUCAGUGGUUCUUCCAAGUGGCCGUGCCGACCCCAGGCACAGAUAACCACUGUGUCCUCACUCCUCAGCUGAACGCAUCCGCCGUCCUGAUCAGUGAGGUCCACCUUGCCUCUUCUUUGGAAGAUUUCGAGUUCAUCGAGCUUCAGGGUCCCCAUUCCGCCGUGCUGAGGGACAUCGUCCUGGUGCUGAUUGAUGGCCGGACCAAAGACGUUUAUUUCACUAUGGAUGUUCAUGGCAAGACUUCAUUGGAUGGGCUGCUUCUGAUCGGCCCAGCACAAAGCAAAAUCCCAGUGGACUUGGCGUUCCCGGAGAACUCCACUCGUCCUGUCCUCAGGGAUGGCCCCAAUGCCAUUGCUCUCUACAGAGGCAACAGCAGCAGCUUUGCCCCAGGGAAAGCACUGACAACAGCUGGCCUGCUGGAUGCUUUCGUCUAUAUGAGCACUGAGGGACCGAGCCCUGAGCUGCUGGACACCCUGACACCGGGCAGACCUGCCUAUGGGAGCGUGCGGCACCAGCUGGGAGAUGUGUCCAUGAGCCAGUGCAACUGCUGCUCGGUGACUCGGGACUCCUUGUCCUAUAUCCUCAGCAGACCCACCCCUGGCAGGUUCAAUGAUUGCCCCAGCAGACGCUUCAGUCAGACUGUUUCCUUCUGCCUUCGUGUAGCAGAUUGCCAGGAGUGGCUCCCAAAGUCAGAAGAGAUCCUGGUGACUGUGGUCCAGGCCCUUGACCAAUCCUGCAGCUGUGGAGUUUUUCCAGCCUACUUCAAAGAUCUAAAGGCAGCCUGCCAGGACUUGGGGCUUGUGUUCACCACCCUGCUCACUGCAAAGUCAGAAGCCCAGCUGAGCAGCCUGCUGCUCGCCUUCCAGACCUUCCUGGAGAGCCCCAGGGCUGUGAGUUUUGAUGGAAGGAAUGUCACAGCAGAAAGCUCCUGCUUCAAGGAUGUUCCUGCGCCAGACUUGACCCCAGGUGCCCCAUCAGAGAUACCUGAAGGAACAGCAGAGCCCUCUAGACAAGCAGGCAAGCUACUCAUCAAUGAGGUGAACCCAGACAACCCAGGGGGAAGAGAAGACACAGAGUACAUUGAACUCUUCUACACUGGACAAACAUCCUUUGACCUCCAGGGAUACUGGUUGGUCCUCUACAAUGGCAAAACUGGACGGGCCUACCGGGUGUUGGAGCUGUCUGGACACCACACAGACGAGCUGGGUUUCUUCCUGGUGGGAAGCAGUGCUGUUAACCCAGCACCCAUGGUCAGGCUGCCCCCCAACACCAUCCAGAAUGGGGCAGAUGCUGUGGCUCUCUACUACAGCAGCAGCAUGCGCUACGUGCUGAACAUGGCCGUGACUGCCAAGGGGCUGGUGGAUGCUGUGGUGUACACAUCCCGAGUGACAGAGAAGGCAGAGCAGCUGCUCAAGGUGCUGGUGCCAGGGCAGGGCAUCCUGUAUGAGAACGAUUCGCACAGUACAGAGGAUGAGUCCCUGAGCCGCUGCCACAGCCUGAGUGCUAGACUGCAGAGCAGCUUCCAGGUGACUGUGAUGACACCACUCAGGGAGAAUGCCUGCAGCAGCCCCUUCGGACCGUCCCCACCCACCAUCCGCAUCAACGAGCUGGGCCUGGCGGGCGGUGGAACCGUCCGCUUCGUGGAGCUGGAAGGGCGGCCGGGGACCAGCCUGGCUGGGCUCAGCCUGAUUGUCUUCAAGGGCCAGGAGGGCAAAGUGCAACACAGCAUCCUGCUGAGAGGCAGCAUUGGGGCAUCAGGGCUGCUACUGCUGGGCGGCGAGCAUGGUGGGACAGAGCUGACGUUCAAGGACAUCUCUGCUGCUAGUGAAGGCAUCAGCGCUAUUGCUCUGUACAGCACCAGUUUGUUUCCUGGUGGCAUGAAGGCAACGUCAGAGGACCUAGUGGAUGCCGUGGUGUUCACAUGCAGGCCGAGCACAGUGGGAGGACACUUGGACUUCCUCGGCCCGCUGUAUGCUGUGCCCUGCGGUUAUGACAGGUCCGUGUCCUUGAGCCGCUGCCCCUCCAGUGAUGCCAGCACAGAGCUGCAGUUUGCCAUCUCGGAACCUACCCCUGGUCUGCAGAACAGCUGUCCCCAGGAUGCCCUCGCCAUGGGGCUGGACCUGUGCUUCCUGAUACCCAACUGCUCUGUGUGGAUUCUGAACCAUGAGAGGAUGUUGGAAAGCUUGAGAAAGGCCUUGGUGAGCUCCCUGGAUGAAAAAUGUUCCUGUGGUGUCUCCGAGCUCUACCUGCAAGAGCUGAACCUGACGUGUGUAGACUCUGUGGUGAAGAUCUCAGGCCGGAUGCAUGCUCCACUGCCAGAGCAGCAGCAGUCCAUGGAGAGCUGGCGCCAGGACCUCCUGGCCAGCCCCCACCGCUUCUCCGUGGAUGGGAGAGUGUUGGAAACCAGCCCCGAGUGUAUCGCCCAAAGAAGCACACCGGUGUCAUCGCAGAGCAGCUCCUCCCCCCACGGCUGGGAGAUCGCCCUGUUUGUCGUGGGAGCUCUGCUGCUCGCGCUCUUGCUGGUGGGCCUGGUGUUGCACUUCAUCAAAAGACGUUUCCAAAAUUACACCAACAUUGAAUUGAACGACUGCACAGAGAUGGCAGCAGACUUCUAAUGCUCCCAAGUACAGCUACAGUGGCAGAGCCACCACCACCAAGGCCGGGCUUGUGUCUGCAGGUGGCAGACCAGCUCUCCAGCUCCCUUUUCCUCCGGGACCUGCAAAAUCCCAGGUGUAUAAAUGCAAGUGUGGGUGCAUAUACAGGUGUAUACACACACACACAUACGUACGUGUACAUACAUACACCAUACAUGUCUGAAUUAUUUUUACACUUCUAAUUUUUUACCUCAAACUAAAGGAGUUGAAAGAAA